GCUAGGCUGCCACAGAAAGCGAAGUCGUAUCUGCCCCGCUGUGUUUGUCCCUUUUCUCACCCCGUCGAUGAAAGGCUACCAACAACAGCCCCGUUUAGUUUCGCCCCGCAGAUUUUACACACUUCACCCGUCCGGCGAGGAUCCGGCGGUCCCGCCUCGGUUUUACCUGGAUCGGCCGGCAGUCUGACGGGCUGGUCGUCCAACCACAGUCAUCAGCCAUGCUGGUUCACCUUCUGUGAUAUGGGGAACGCUUAGAGAUGGAGAAGCUGAAGAGCUCAGGUGAGGAGGAGAGCUCCGGGGAGCGAGGAGUGCUCCACACCUGGAGGGGCUACUCCUGCAGCGUCACCCCAGAGAAAGUGCUCCUCUCCCGGCCUGUGCUUCAGGCUGCCUUGGGGGCCAAACACGGGGUUCUGCUAGUAGAAGGAGGACAGGUGUACAGUUUUGGAGAACUGCCAUGGAAGCAGAACCAGCCUUCAUCUGGAACAACAGAGCCCUUGCUGGAGGCGGGGCUUAGCGAGCAGCAUGUUGUUUGCGUGGCGGCAGGUGCCUCUCACAGUGGGGCUGUGACCGAGGAUGGCGUGGUGCACAUGUGGGGGGACAACACCUACGGUCAGUGUGGCCUAUCAGGGCUUUCUGUUGUCCCUAACCCCACCCCUGUGGCCGUGGUGGACUGUGAGGCCACGCCUCCCCAGCCAAUCAGAGUCCUGGAGGUGGCGUGCGGGGAGCAGCACACGCUGGCCCUCUCAGCCCGGCACGAGGUGUGGUCCUGGGGCAGCGGCUGUCAGCUGGGCCUUCUGACCACUACGUUCCCAGUCUGGAAGCCGCAUAAGGUGGAGCACCUGGCUGGGAGGCAUGUGCUGCAGGUGGUUUGUGGAGCCUCUCACAGCCUGGCUCUGGUGCGCUGCCUGCCCCCUCCACAAGAGGCACGCAGGCUCCCUGUGGACAAAUGCGGCCAGUGCAACCAGUCGCUCUACACCAUGACUGACAAGGAGGACCACGUCAUCAUCUCAGACAGCCACUACUGCCCCUUAGGGGUGGAGCUCGAGGAUGGGGACAGUAAAUCAGGAUCAGAAGGCAGCUUAGGUCUUGGCAAAAUGAAGAGUUCCCCAUCUGAGCCAAUACUUUCUGCCUACACUCAAAGUCCUAAAUCUGUAAUCCCCUUAAGUUCCAGUCCUGGUGCUACUUCAGUUUCAGCACCUGCACCUGUCUCAGAAACCCAGGGCCAGACACCCAGAACUGAGUCCCAGCCUGUGUUGGCUGAUGGAGUGGUGUCUGGAGCAGCACCACAAUCACAAACGUCUGAGACGGACAGCACAGAAGCAAGAGCUUCAGCAGAGUUGACCGCAGCAGGGGCAAAAUGCUCUCCAUACCCAGACGAGCAGGCACUCAAAGACUACCUAAAGAGGCUUUCAGACCAGACCCUUGCUGAGCAAGCUUCUAAAAACCAAACAGCACAAUGCUCUCAGCCUCUUCCAGAGUCCUCGGAUGUUUUCAUCUCUGACCCCGCCACCCCUGUUGCCCAGUCUGUUACUCCUAUGGGGUCAGCUCUGAAUCACCUUGUGGUAUCAUGUGCAUCAGCUGUUGGGGAGAGAGUGGCAUCCACAUAUGAAGCUCUGUCUCUGAGGAAGGUCAUCAACUACUGGGGUCCCGGUGAGAGCCGUGAGCGUCCGGAGGAGAGGGUGCGCCAGGAGGAGCACCGGCAGGGAAAGAAGAGCUGCAGUCUGGGGGACAUCCGUGAGGAGGAGGCCGAGGGGCUCAGCCGCCGCCUCUCGCUCCCCGGCCUGCUCUCACAGGACAAAGCAGAGACGGAAGGGAAGGAGCCGUCUGUUCUUGCCACAGUUACAGUGUCCCCUCGUCUCCUGCGGAGGGUGAGUCGACCGCCCGUCCGGGCAGUGGCCCUCACACCGGUUGGUGUGGCCGAAUCAGACGCCCACCUGCCCUCCCUGCAGACGGAGGUGUGGAGCUGGGGUCGUGGUCAGGAGGGGCAGCUGGGACACGGAGAUUUACUGCCCAGAUUGCAGCCUCUCUGUAUUAAAAGUCUGAGUGGUAAAGAGGUGAUUAGAGUGGCAGCAGGUGCUCUCCACUCCCUUGCGCUGACCGCACAAUCAGAGGUCUACUCCUGGGGCAGUAACAGCUUCGGUCAGCUGGGACACAUGGAAUCACCCAGCACCAUCCCCCGCCUUGCCAAGUUGUCAGAUGGGAUCCGUGCGUGGGAUGUGGGGGCGGGUCAGCACCACACUCUCCUAUUGGCAGAUGGAGAUUGCUUCCAGCCAAUCCUGUACUACAGCGGUCAGCAGGUGAAAGAAGGGUCAGCCGAGUCGACGCAGGAGCAGACAGGGGGGUACACUCAGCAACCCGUGCUGCUGCCCUUCUGCAUGAACCUGGGUUAUGUGAGCAGUGUCUGUGCGGGUGGACAGAGCUGUGCGGCGCUGGCUGACCGUAACGUGAUGGGCUUUAUAGGCAGCCUUCAUGAGCUGGCAGCUGCCGAGAGGAAAUACUACUGUAAACUGACCAGCAUCAAGAGCGUCCUCCUCCAGCCUCUGCUCAAACUAGAAUCUUUAAGCUCUGCUCUGGGACCGGCCUGUACUGGACUUCUGCAAAAUCUGAUCAGUCGAUUUGGACGUCUGGCUCAGUUAACAGGUCAAAACUCUGCCUCCUUGACCUCGUUUCUGAGGCGCUCGCGUGAUGUCAGAGGCCUUGUUCUCCUUGAAAAUGCACAGCUGUUCCUGGACACGUAUUCUGAGUACUGUGCCAGUGUAGGCAACCUGCUGGUGAUGGGAGGCUUUCAGGCUCUCGUCAGACCUUGCCAGGAUGUGUUUGGGAAGGGAGCAGAGGUUGUGCAGAAGUUAUCUGAGGGUUGUGAAGAUGGGGCGAUGCUGGCUGACAUUCUGUCUCAUCUCUUUUACCUCCCUGUCCGUCAUCUCCACGAGUAUGGCCAUCUACUGCUUAAGCUAGCAACAUGCUAUGAGGUGAAUUCCAUGGACUAUCAGAAACUGCAGGAUGUCUGUUCCAAGUAUGAGUCGCUGGUUCUUCUUCUCAAGAGGAAGAGGAAGGAGGCCGAGUACACACUACACUUCUGGAAGAGCUUCCCUGGGAAGAUGACUGACUCGCUGCGUAAGCCGUCUCGCCGCUUGGUGUGUGAGAGCAGCAACAAAGCCCUGACCCUGCAGAACGCCGGGCGCUUCUCGGUCAACUGGUUCAUCCUCUUCAACGAUGCUCUCGUCCAUGCCCAAGGAAUGCUUCCCUGUAAGGGCCUUUUCUCCACUCAUCACGUCUUCCCAUUGGCCACUCUGUGGGUGGAGCCCGUAUCUGAGGAGAAUGCUGGCCUGUAUGGGCUAAAGGUGACCUCACCUGAGGAGAGCUUCACGCUGCUAGCUUCCUCACCAUCAGAAAAGGCUAAGUGGCUGCGCUCCAUAAAUCAGGCAGUAGAGCAGGCGCUGAGUGGAACAGGGAUGGACACUUCAGGGGCGGCGAUGAGAGCAGACCCACCCAUUUCUCGCACCGCCUCUUACACCUUCUACAAAGAUAGCAGGCUGAAGGAAGUCAUGUAUGAGGGACGCUGGCUGGCUGGCAAACCCAAUGGCAGGGGUGUGUUAAAAUGGCCAGAUGGGAGGAUGUACACUGGGACGUUUAAGAACGGUCUUGAGGACGGAUAUGGGGAUUAUAUUGUUCCUAACAAGAACCUUAACAAAAGUGACCAUUACCAAGGCCAUUGGAAGGACGGCAAAAUGCACGGCUUUGGGAACUUCAGGUAUGCCACAGGGGAACUGUAUGAGGGCUCAUUUCAGGAUAACAUGCGCCAUGGGCACGGCAUGCUGCGAAGCGGCAAGCUGAACUCCACCUCCCCCAGUGUCUUCAUCGGCCAAUGGCUGCACGACAAGAAGACUGGCUAUGGCGUUUUUGAUGACAUCACAAGAGGGGAGAAGUAUAUGGGAUUAUGGCAGGAGGAUCUGAGGCAGGGGAACGGAGUUAUCGUCACCCAGUUUGGUCUGUACUACGAGGGGGCCUUUAGCAAUAACAAGAUGAUGGGUACUGGUGUUUUGCUGUCAGAAGAUGACACUACCUUUGAAGGGGAUUUUUCAGAUGACUGGACUCUGAGUGGAAAGGGAACUUUGACCAUGCCUAACGGAGAUUACAUUGAGGGGUCCUUCAGUGGAGUCUGGGGCACUGGAUUAAAGAUCUCUGGAUCCUACUACAAACCCAACCUUUACGACUCAGACAAGGACAAGAACCGCACGCUUAAGCUGGGUCGGUUGGCAGUGCCUUCAGAGGAGAAGUGGAAGGCAGUGUUUGGAGAGUGCUGGAGCAGACUGGGCUGUGAAUCACCAGGGCAGGGAGACACCAGCACAGCCUGGGACAACAUCGCUAUAGCACUGACUACCAACAGGAGGCAGCAUAGAGACAGUCCUGAAUUGCUGAGUCGAUCCCAUAAUAAAACCCUGGAGAGUUUGGAGUUUAUUCCUCAGCAUGUCGGGCCGGUUACGCUGGAGAAAUACCACAUAAUUCGCCGCUACCUCAUUAAGGCAUGUGACACUCCUCUGCACCCUCUGGGUCGGCUGGUGGAGACGCUAGUUGCUGUUUACCGGAUGACGUAUGUGGGUGUUGGAGCGAACCGCAGGCUGCUGCAGCAGGCUGUUAAUGAGAUCAAAUCCUACCUCAGCCGCAUCUUCCAGAUCGUCAGGUUCCUCUUUCCUGAUCUUCCUGAAGAAGGGGGCUUGCUUGCUGAGGGUCCAAAUGAGAAGAAAGAAUCUGAAUCAUCUGGAAACAAAAUAGACUCUCCAAAACCAGGGCGUGUGGUCAGUAGUUCAGCUCUGCUCCUGCCCGUGUUGCUGCCGCGUCUGUACCCCCCUCUCUUCACGCUGUAUGCUCUGGAAAAGGAGAAAGAGGACGAUGUGUACUGGGAAUGUGUGCUGAGGCUCAACAAACAACCGGACCUCGCUCUCCUCGCCUUCCUCGGAGUGCAUCAAAAAUUUUGGCCUGUGACCAUGACGUUACAUGGAGAAAAGCAACAGGUCCUCUCCAGCACUAAAGAUGCCUGUUUUGCGUCGGCGGUGGAAACACUACAGCAGAUCAGCACAACAUUCACUCCCUCAGACAAGCUGCAGGUCAUCCAGCUGACCUUUGAGGAGAUCACCCAAGAAGUUCUAGCUUUGCUGAAACAAGACUUCCUUUGGUCCAUGGAUGAUCUGUUUCCUGUGUUCCUCUAUGUUGUGCUGCGUGCACGCAUAAGAAACCUGGGCUCAGAGGUCAGUCUGAUAGAGGACCUUAUGGACCCAUGUGUGCAGCAUGGAGAACAUGGCAUCAUGUUUACUACACUAAAGGCUUGCUAUUAUCAGAUUCAGCAUGAGAAGAUCACAUAAGGAACGAGCGCCUGGCCACUAACACAACAACUGACACAGGGACCAGCCAACCAGCAAGUUCAUAAGAGGGAUGAUCUUUGUUCUGACAAACCUGUGAUGAGCCUGAGCCUGAAACUGAACCCUGAUGUCAGAACCUGACGAGGCCACUGGAAGAAGAUUACUUAGAUUUUUUAAUCCUGACUUUCUUCCUCCUAUUCAGAGUACCACCCUGUUCCUAUUCCUUUUUGUGAUCCUGUUGUUGAUAGUUUUUUUUUUCCUCUGGAUGUUCUUUCAUGAAGAUACAGGUUCACCAUGUCUGAACCCUUGGCUCCAGACUGGUUCAGAAUGAAGGAAUUUUCUACAGGAGUUUUCUGUAACCUGAAAUGUUACAGAAAAAAAGGUUACAUUAUUUUGUGGUUUGGCAGUCCAAGUCAUUUUGUGUUUUUCUUUUUUGCACACAGAUUUUUAUAAAAAUAAUCAGGAUUUAACAGUAUUUGUCUGCAUUGCAAUACAGCAUCCAUAUCUUCAUAUCUGUGAAUGUGUGAACGUGCAUUCCACUGCCUAGAAGGUCCAAACUGACCUAGACCCGCUUUCUCGCUUUCAGAAAGCCCAAUCGUUGCUCAGUCGCCACUGAGAGCAGAUGUUUUAUAAAGCUGUAAAAGUCUACUGAUCCAGUGAAGAAUGUGAUGUGAGGUAAGAAGGAGUCAGAGACAGUGCUGCUAAUAACUCGGCCGGUGCAUGGAGUUUUGUCCUGCGUGUUUUCACAGAAUUAUUUUUGUUUUUUAACAGUGUGAAAAUUAUUAUUGAUUGCGUACGUGUCACAGCGUGGCCAGAUAUCAGUUGUCUGGAAAAGUGAAGUCUUAUCAAGUAUUUUGCUUAAUAUUGUUCAGAAAUAUUAUCAGUUUCACGCAAAAACCUUGUUCUUCUCCAAAAUGGCAACUUUACAGGAGAAAUAUUAUAUAUCUUUUAAGCAUUUCUAUUGGGUCCAUGCAUCGUGAAAUCUUUACACAAUAUAUUAACAACUGUCAGUAGAGCUGGGCGAAAAUUCUAUCACUUUGUUCUUCUAAAAUUUGGUCGAUACAAUAUAAUUCAGAUAUUAAUAUCAACAAUAUAAAAGCCACAAAACAUGCCAAGAAUACCUAAAACAUGCGUGUCUGUAACUUCAAUUUUCUUAAAAUAAUAAUAAUAUUAAUAAUACUUUUUCAUAUUCCAGUUCUUGUAGAGCACCUUGUAAUUAAUGUCAGUGACAGAUGCUAAAAAUAUAUAAUGUAUAUUAAAAUAUCAGAAAAGUGUUUUACAUAUCUCCCCAAAAUCAUUUUCUGUCACUAUAUAUUCAAAUUCAAUUCAUUUGUCCAGCUCUAACUGUCUGAUUAUAUAUUUUGUUAUUCAAAAAAUGAAAAAAACUUAAAAAAUGAAGGAAUAAAGUGUUUUUGCGUGACAGCGAUGAUAUCUUACUUGAAGAAACUUUGCUGCAGAACUGCAACUUUGUAAUAGUUUGUGCUGUUUCAUGUGUAAGUCAUCUUCACUUGAAAGGCCAAAUUAUGCUAGCUUGACAGGUCGACGGCUGUUUUGUCAUAUGAUGCAUAAUUUUAAAAUGUAAUUUUUCUGUUUGUUUUUUUGUAUUUUAAACCACAACUGUUUGUUACAGCAAUCCUAUGAAGCUGCGGUCGAUGGGUUUGCUUCUAACAGCACUGAUAAGCUGAUUUAAGCUAUUUAUCUUAUCGAUGUUUGGCUCGGGGGGGCUGAGGUACACUUAUGUGACUUAUGUUCUCCUGUCUGAUCAUUGAUUUGAUGUUUGUUUGUAAAGCAUUCAUUCAGUCAAUGCAUUCAUCAAUACCUCUUCCAGUGUUUCUAACCCAGUGUUUCCAGUGAUCUGACAGCUGAGUCAUUGUGAUUGUUGUUUUUAAUGGUUACAGUUUUUAUUUAUUUGAUGACGGGGUCCCAAUGCAGUGAUAAUCUCAGCAGUGUGGAUAAUCUUCUAAGAGUAAUAAACUUGCUGAUGACCAACAUGCUGGAAUGACCACUCACCUUAUGGAAUAAACUGUCAAAUCCA